GGGCACUUUUGUGUGAUGGCAACUUCACUUCUAGGGGAGGAACCGCGGGUAGGCUCCACGCCGCUGGCCAUGCUCGCCGCGACCUGCAACAAGAUCGGCAGCCCCAGCCCCUCGCCGUCCGCCCUCUCGGACAGCGCGUCCUCCUUCGGCAAAGGCUUCCACCCCUGGAAACGCUCCUCCUCCUCCUCCUCGUCCUCGGCGGGCAGCUGCGGCGCCGUGGGCUCCGGCCUCCCGGGCUUCGGCGUGGCGGCCGCGGCGCGCAACGGCUCCUCGGCGGCGGCGGCGGCGGCGGCGGCGGCCGCCCUCGUCUCGGACUCGUUCAGCUGCGGCGGCUCGCCGGGCUCCAGCGCCUUCUCCCUCACCUCCAGCAGCGCGGCGGCCGCCAGCUCGCCCUUCGCCAACGACUACUCCGUCUUCCAGGCGCCGGGCAGCGCCGGCGGCGGCGGCGGCGGCGGCGGCGGCGGCGGCGGGGCAGCGGGACAGGAAGCGGCGGCGCACCAGCCCGUCUUCAUCUCCAAGGUGCACACGUCGGUGGAGGGGCUGCAGGGCAUCUACCCGCGGGUGGGCAUGGCGCACCCCUACGAGUCCUGGUUCAAGCCCUCGCACCCGGGGCUGGCCGCCGGCGAGGUGGGCUCGGCGGGCGCCUCCAGCUGGUGGGACGUGGGCGCCGGCUGGAUCGACGUGCAGAGCCCCAACGGGGCGGCCGCGCUGCCCGGCUCGCUGCACCCGGCGGCCGGCGGGCUGCAGACCUCGCUCCACUCGCCGCUGGGCGGCUACAACUCGGAUUACUCGGGCCUCGGCCACUCGGCCUUCAGCAGCGGCGCCUCCUCGCACCUCCUCAGUCCCGCCGGGCAGCACCUCAUGGACGGAUUUAAGCCGGUGCUGCCCGGCUCCUACCCGGACUCGGCCCCCUCGCCGCUGGCCGGCGCCGGGGGCUCCAUGCUGGGCGGCGGCCCCGCCGCACCGCUGGCCGCCUCGCCGCGCUCCUCUGCCCGCCGCUACUCGGGCCGCGCCACCUGCGACUGCCCCAACUGCCAGGAGGCCGAGCGGCUGGGGCCGGCGGGGGCCAGCCUGCGGCGCAAGGGGCUGCACAGCUGCCACAUCCCCGGCUGCGGCAAGGUCUACGGCAAGACCUCGCACCUGAAGGCGCACCUGCGCUGGCACACGGGCGAGCGGCCCUUCGUCUGCAACUGGCUCUUCUGCGGCAAGCGCUUCACCCGCUCCGACGAGCUGCAGCGGCACCUGCGGACCCACACGGGCGAGAAGCGCUUCGCCUGCCCCGUCUGCAACAAGCGCUUCAUGCGCAGCGACCACCUCAGCAAGCACGUCAAGACCCACAGCGGCCCCGGCGGCGCCGGUGGCCCCGGCGGCGGCGGCCCCGGCGGCGGCCCCGGCUCCGGCGGCAAGAAGGGCAGCGACACCGACAGCGAGCACAGCGCGGCCGGCAGCCCGCCCUGCCACUCCCCGGAGCUGCUGCCGCCCCCCGAGCCCGGCCACCGCAAUGGCCUGGAGUGA